CCCAAUGUUUUAUCAUUCCAACCCCCUCCCCAUGGAUAAGGGUGGACCCAUGGUGUAGAAUUGAGAGUAGAGUACCUCCUGGCCAACACCCACAGACCCAGGCUGGCAAGGCUUCCUGUUUCCAUAGGCACCCUCCUUUAAUAGAAUGCGAGCCCACGCAGUGCACCAUGCUGUACUCGCGCCAGGGGACCACGGAGACCAUAGCGGAGGUGGAGGCCGAGCAGGACGACGAGGCUGCGGCCGGAGACGCCGACCAGAGCGGGGAGGCCACGGCGGACAGGGGGCCGGAGGAGGCCUCGGAGGCCUCAGAAGUCGGCCUCACCCCGGACGCUGAGCUGCCGCAGUAUUCCACAGAGGACGGGGACGUGGAGGCCCCGCCAUCCUACAGCAAGGCAGUGAGCUUUGAGCGCCUGUCCUUCGGCUCGCGGGAUGACUCUGCAGGCCAGAGCCACAUGGCGGUGAGCCCCGACGACAGCCGCUCGGACAGGCUUGAGUCCAGCAUCUUACCGCCCCUGACUCACGAGCUGACGGCCAGCGAGCUGCUGCUGAACAA